AUGGAUAAUACUAAACUAAAGAGAGAUUAGUUUCGAUUAAUGCUGCAUUCAUAGUAGCGUUUGAACUAGUUUUAAGAGAAUAGAAAAAGGUUCUUGUAAAUUAUUAUGGAAGAAUAAUAAAUAAAUGAAUUAAAAUUGAAAGUAAAGGUGGCAAUUCAAUAAUUGAAUGAUAAUUUAACUGACUUUGAUUUCGAUUGCCCUAAUUGUGAAUUAAAUACUUUUACAGCUAAUAUAAUGUAAAUAUUACCAGAAAUGAAAAAAUGUAUUGAAAAUUUAGCAAAACCUGACUUAGAAGGAUUAGGAAAUAAGUUUUGGAAUAUAUAUUGUUUUUUGUUAUAUAAUAAGGAUAAUCCAUGCUUUAUUGAAAUGUUAGAUUUACUUACAUUAGGUUGUUAGAAAAGUAUGGUAUUUUGUGACUCUUAUUGUAAAUCGACUUUAUACAAUAAUCUAUAGACUAAUGUAACUUAAUUAUCUAUUUAAUAUCAAUUGGAAUUUCUCAAAUAAACAGUCCUUAUUUAAUCUCAUUAAGAGCAUUCAUUAUAAUAUGAUAAAAUAUGUGAAAUCAUUAAAUAAAUAAAUGCCCAAAUCCAAAUAUCAAAAAAUCUGGAAUAUUAAUAUAAACAAAUAAUAUAAAUUAUUAUAGAUUUAUUUUUAACCUUAAGAAUAGAAUAAGUUCAUAAAGUGGCACUGUAAUAUCAAAUAAAUAGAUAUUUUUUAACAUUAUUUACUAAUCUAACAUCUUUGGAUGAAAUUCUAAUAGGAGAUGAAUUACUUAAUUAUAUUGAUUAUUUAAAUAGAAAUAAAACUCUAUUUAACAUUUCCACAAUUGAAUUAAUCAAUUAAUUAUCAUUUAAUUCAUAAUUAAGUUCAUAUCCUGAUGAAAAAUCUAUGGCAAUUGCUAUUAUAGGAGUAUUGAUGUCUGGUAAUUUAACUUAAUCAAAAUACUAUUUUGAUAAAUUUAGCACUGAAAAUUUAUCAUUAGAUUAAAAACUACUUUAAAACUUAAAAUUAUAACCUUAAGUAAGAAGAAUGACUGUUUUUGCAUUUUCAAAUAUCUUUGGAGAAAUCUCUUAUGAUAAAGUUGACUAUUUUUAAAAUGGAACUGUUAUUUAAUUCUUAUAAUAUGCAAGACAAGAGCAUGAGGUUGAAGUAAUCUAUGAAAUUUUACAAGCUUUGCGAAAUUUAAUUUAUCAUGCUCAAGAGAAUUAUUUACCUAUUUUACUACAGUAAGAUGUUGUUUCCAUAAUUUUAGAGUGUGAAAACUACUUAUUGAAUGAAUAAUAAGUUGAAUGUAUAACUAUAAAUAUAUAUAAUAGGUUUAUUGAUGUUAAUCUAUAGAUUUGAAUAAUAUGAUUAAUAGGAAUUGUAGAAUUUGAUAUAAUUUCCUAAUUUUAUUCAAUAUUUGUGUUUCAAAGGAGUAGCAAAUUUUGUAAGAAAAGUAUUUGAUAGUUCUAAAUUUGGAAAUAGUAUAUAAAAAUAAACAAAUAAUGAUGGAUAGAAAGAUGAAUACUAAAAUAAACUUCUUAAAUUGUGUGAAAUUUUUUGUUGA